AAGGAUUUAACGUUUCUCCUUUCGGAGAAAUUUCUGUUUGGUUCCCUAGAAUCUUUGCUUGAUUUAGAAAACUCGAGAACCCUUUUGGAUCGACUCCACUGGGUCUCGAGUAAUAUGCAGUAUGCAGCGCCUGAGGAUUUCAGGGACCUCGCUUUUGGGUUCCUUCGCAGUGCCUCAUCUGAAGAAGAAGGCUAUGAACUCGUGGUCUGCUGUUCAAGACACUUAUCAUUCCACCAAGGACACUUUUGAGAGGCAUAGGGUGGUAUUUACGAUCGGAACAUCUAUAGCAUCAGUUGCCACAGCAUGGGCUGGUUAUUCUAUCCGCUAUCUUCAUCAGGAAAAAGUUGAUAAAAGGCUUGCCGCAAUUGAAGAUUCUAUGAAAAACAAUUAUCAUUUGGAACAUACUGAACUUAAGAAGAUUUACGAUUCUGGAAAUUCCAGGAAUGCAGCUUGUAUUGCUACUGCUGGAGUCACUUUAAUUAUUGGAUAUGGGUUGGGCUGGCGAGGUGGAAGAUGGUAUGCAAAUAGGAAGUUCAGAAGGGAGCAAAUGAAAUUGCUAGGGCAGAUAAAACCCAAAAGGACGCCACUCCAGUUCCUUAGAAGACUAAGAAGACAGAGGGCGCCAGAGACCGCACCCAAAACAUCUCCAACCUUGCAAAAGGAUGCUCCCUCCAUGAAUGAUUCUUUACAAACCCGCCAACAGCAAUUGCUGUAGUUACUUAUUAAGCAUAUCAGAUGAAAAAUGCUAUCAUAUAGUUUCAUACUCAUUCAAGACUGUUUCUGUACAAAGCAUAAUAUGGAUUAGUUUAUUCCUCCCUCCCCCAAGCUCUCUAUCAUUCUCUUUUUUUGGGGGACAAUUUUUUUGGUUCCUUGUCCCUUGUUGCCAGUCUGGGGAUAAGUGCAAUAUAAUAAUCUUUUGUUUCCUAACAGUGGAAAUUUAGUUCAAAUUGCUUGCCAGGCUCAUGUUCAAAAGUAUUCUA